GCUUUAUUUAACAGGAAGCAAUGCUCUGAUAACAAACGCGCUGGAUUCACACCCUUGCAAAUAGUGGGAGUACGUUUGACGUUACAGGUGUUGGAAAACGAGUUCACCGACAUUUUAAUCUUAGUAGUUUGGACAACCUUCACUCCAGCCAUGCUGAAAGCUGUGGGACAGGCUCUGUUCUCAACCGGACUGCAGAACCCUAAAUACACAGAAGGAGAGAAGAAAGAGGGACAAGACUAUGAGACCCGCACAUACCUUGCCACAAACUGGGUGAGCACCACCCUGAGUGGUAUGGAAUGGGACCCGGCCCUCGGCGCAGGCUUCCGCAAGCUCUUCAAAUACAUUCAAGGCAACAAUCAAAACAAGGUGAAAGUGGAGAUGACGGCUCCUGUGUCGUGCCGUGUGGACCCUGGAGCCGGCCCCGCUUGUGAGUCUCGGUUCACCGUGUCCUUCUACAUCCCAGAGGAGCAUCAGGACGCCCCCCCGCAGCCGAGCGACCCCGACUUGUUUGUGGAGCACCGGAAAGAGUUCACAGCUUAUGUCAGGACAUAUGGGGGUUUCUCCAAUGAGAAAAUUAAGCGUGAAGAGCUUCUGAAACUUAUUGAGAGCCUGAAGAGGGACGCAGUUCAAUACGUCGACCAUCCCUUCUACGUAGCCGGGUAUGACAGUCCCUUCAAACUCACCCACCGCAGGAACGAGGUGUGGAUCCUGAAGGAGCAGGAAUAAUAUGUUUAAAGUUUACACUAAGCUCUGACCACUACAAGCUUUAAAUAACCAUAUCAUGGAAGAACAAAAAAUACAUGAGGGAAAUUUUUUACCUAUUGUGUAUUUGUAUGUGGAACAAAAUGGAAGGUCAUACUGACAAAAUACUUUUUGUAUAUAUUAUUAUUAUAUUCAUUUGUCUGAUUGUGUAUUGUGCUUUAUUUCCUUUGACUAAAAGUUACUGAGGAGGAGGGAGGCUUACUGAUGGUCGUGACAAAGAGUCCUAACAAAUGAUUACAAUAGCAUUAAAAAAAAAAAAAAAAAAACACCUGGGGAAAAACUGCAUGCAAUAGUUCAAUAUUACCAGUAGGUGGCGCCAACUAGUCCGAAAACAUUCCUCUCAUUUGGUGCGUCUUGUCAUGACAAAAA